AUGCCGAUCAUCUGCGUAACAACAUCUUCAGCAGAGAAAGAACAUGAACCAAAACAAGAUCUUGAUAACGACCAAUCUCCUCCAUUAAACUCCAACCCUUUUCUUCCUAAUCUCCAAUCUCAAAUCCCAAACCAAUUCAUUUGGCCAGACGAAGAGAAACCUUCCAUUGAUACUCCAGAGCUCAACGUCCCUUUGCUCGAUCUCUGGACCCAAGUCUCAACCCCAGACGCUUCUACACUCAUCGCAGAAGCUUGCACCAAACAUGGCUUCUUCCUCGUCAUCAAUCAUGGCGUCAGCGAGUCGCUCAUUUCAGACGCUCAACGUUUCAUGGAACGUUUCUUUGACAUGCCUCUCAUUGAAAAACAGAGAGCUAAGAGAAAACUCGGUGAAAGCUAUGGUUACGCCUGUAGCUUCACCGGAAGAUUCUCCACCAAGCUCCCAUGGAAGGAGACUCUCUCUUUCCGAUUUUCCAACGAGAAUAGUGGCUCAAGAACCGUUCAAGAUUACUUCUCCGUUACGUUAGGACAAGAGUUCGAGCGAUUCGGGAAGGUGUUUCAAGACUACUGUGAUGCAAUGAGCUCUCUGUCACUCAACAUCAUGGAGCUUCUAGGGCUAAGCUUAGGCGUAAACCGAGAAUAUUUCAGAGGAUUUUUCGAAGAGAAUGAUUCUAUAAUGAGGCUGAAUCAUUACCCCUUAUGCGCACAACCAGAUCUCACAUUAGUGGCCUUCAAGUCCUUGUUGACAAUCAAUGGCGAUCCAUUCUCCCCAUUCCCAAUGCCUUCGUCGUCAAUAUCGGUGACACUUUCAUGGUAA